GGCAGCAGAAUCGGUCAGAUAAGCAGAGCGGUUAUCGUCGGAGGUGGAUUCUGGAGGGAUGCGGCGGCAAAGGAUGGCGCAACCCUCGCCUUCACGGCGCUUGCUGGCCUCGCGUUAGCCGCAGCUGUGUUCUACACUACUAGGUAAUAAUAAAGAGUGCGGAUAAUUUGUGCCAACCGAAUAGUGAUUGCCGAGGGCUUUUUGAAAUCAGAUGUUGUAACCCUAGGCCGAGUAACUUGCGUAGUUUGAAAACAUUAGGGAAAAAAUUAUCAUAUUAAGGCUUGUUAAAUGAAAGCUCUAAGGCUGAUUCAGACUUCGUCAUCGGCAAAGUCUUCGCCGCCACCGCCGCCACGAUCACCAUCACCACCCUCGAAUGCGUCGUCACUUUCAUCAUCUUCCCCGCGGAUACAUCUGAGAUCGGUUCUAUUCUUAAUAGCUUCCUCCAACUCCUCACCAGCCUCUUCUUCUUCUGCUCGGGGUCGUCUCAAAUCUCCAUGGCAUCGAAGAAAACGAAAACACAUACUCACAGCUCAUCAGUGGAGAAGUUUAUUCACUCCUGAUGGAAAACUUUUUGACAAUGGAGUUAAAUUUCUGAAGAAAGUUCGAAGUGGAGGUGUUGAUCCAAGCAUUAGGGCGGAGGUUUGGCCAUUUCUUCUUGGAGUCUUUGAGCUCACAAGUUCCAAACAAGAAAGGGAUGCUAUUAUUACCUUGAAAAGGGAGGAAUAUGAGAAAUUGCGGAGACAAUGUAGGCGGAUUGUUAGGGAGAACAGUGACUUUUUGAAACUAAAUGAAAGAGGUGGAAAGAGCAGUAGUAGCGGUGAACAUCCCACUGAAGACAUGGAUUCUCCUGACUCUAAAAAUGUCUCAGUUGCCGAAGAUUGUGCUGCUAGUGAGGAAGAUUCUCAGUAUUGUGGAGACACAGACGAGCUCGCCAGCUCUGCAGUGGAUCAAAACUUAGGGUCUAAACCUGAUUUAAAGGUUGCUUCUGAAUCAGACUCGUCCAAUUCUGAUUCAUCAGAUGAACCUGAAGUGAGCCAAACUUUCACGAUAACAGAAAGCACAGAGGACAAUGAUCCUGACCUGCCAUCCAAUGAAGAUUCAGCACAAUCAAAAAUGGAAGUUCAGUCAGAAACCCGCCGAAGAGAAGAUUUCUCCACCUGGCAGCGAAUUAUCCGCUUAGAUGCUGUUCGUGCAAACGGGGAAUGGAUGGAAUACAACCCAGUUCAAGCGGCUGCAUCAGAUGCCGAAGCACGCCAGGCAGCUGAGCUUAUCGGAUUGACUGGUUACGAUCACCUCGAACCUAGCAGGAUCUUCCACGCUGCUCGUUUAGUCGCUAUUCUCGAAGCAUAUGCACUUUACGACCCCGAGAUAGGAUAUUGCCAGGGAAUGAGCGAUCUACUCUCCCCCCUAAUUGCCGUGAUCACAGAGGAUCACGAAGCUUUCUGGUGUUUUGUUGGUUUCAUGAAGAAAGCUCGCCACAAUUUCAGGCUGGAUGAAGUGGGCAUCCGAAGGCAGCUGAACAUCGUCUCUAAAAUCAUAAAGUACAAGGACUCCCAUCUUUACCGGCAUUUGGAAAGGCUCCAGGCCGAGGACUGUUUCUUUGUGUACAGAAUGGUGGUGGUGCUGUUCAGAAGAGAACUUACGUUCGAGCAAACUUUAUGCCUAUGGGAGGUUAUGUGGGCCGACCAGGCUGCACUUAGGGCAGGGGUAGGGAAGUCGGCUUGGGACAGGGUUAGGCAACGAGCCCCUCCAACUGAGGAUCUGUUGCUUUAUGCAAUUGCAGCCUCGGUUUUGCAGAGGAGGAAACAAAUCAUCGAGAAGUAUAACAGCAUGGACGAGAUUUUGAGGGAGUGCAACUCAAUGGCUGGGCAUCUCGACGUGUGGAAGCUUCUGGAUGAUGCGCACAGCCUGGUGGUGACGCUCCAUGGAAAAAUCGAGGCUCCUCUAUGAGGGAUGGAGGAUUGUGUGAGGUAAGUAAAGCUAAUUUCAUUCAUUUCAAUUAUUGCCAGCCUUUAUAAAUAUUUCUGUGGGGAAUGAAAGGGAAAUAGUUCUGAAUCUAAAUUUAUGACUGUUGGGGAGAGUUGUUGCGAAAUAUGACAGGCUGCUAUGCUAUGAAUGCUUGUUCUUUUCUUUUCUUUUUAUUUUUCUUUCAAUAUAUAUAAUUUGAAGAGGAUUUGUCCAACUUCUGUUACACCUUUCAUAAUUGGCAGCUUGUGUUGUAAUUUCUUUGGUGGAUAAAAUUAGUGGAAAAUAAGAGGCUGCCUUAAUAGUUUUUAUAC